GACGAGGAUGGCCUGGUACGGGGGCUGUCGGUGCUCUGCAACCUCGCCAACCAGCUCUACUACCCCUGCGAGCACAUUGCGUGGGCGGCUGACGCCGGUAUUAUCCACAUCGGCUCUCAGAAGUGGUGGACUCUGAGCACGGCGCUCUGGGCCUUCUCCCUGCUCCUGGGCAUCCUGCGAUCCCUGAGAAUCUUGUUCCAGUUAAGAAGAAAGCUGAGGCAGCACAAGUGUACAUCUUCGCCCCUGAGUCAAAAGAAAAUGAAAGCCCAAGUGAAGGCUGAAGUUUUGAGCAUCCUCACAGAUGUGGCAGAUCUCUCCAAUGCAAUCCACUGGCUGCCUCCAGGAUUUCUUUGGGCUGGACGCUUUCCUCCAUGGUUAGUAGGUCUCCUGGGGACCAUAUCUUCCCUGAUAGGCAUCUACCAAGCAUCUAGAGAAGGAAAUUCUGAAGCG